AUGGACUCCUCCGAGCUCGCCACGUACGAGUUCCAGCUUUCGCAGGUCGCCGAGGCGCUCGCCGCCGAUCCGGGCAACAGCGAGCUGCAGAACUUGCAUGCCGAGCUCGAGAACCUCAUUUCGCUCAGCCGCGAGCUGGCCGCGGGCCCGAGCAGCAGUCCCAAGCGCGCGGCGACGAUGGCGUCUGCGGCGGCGCCCGCGGCGCCCGCUGCAGCGAAGGUGCAGAGCCCGCAUGCGGCCGAGGGCGUGAAGAAGGAGGCACGUAAAUAUGCGGCGGGUGAGGAGGUGCUGGCAAAGUACAAUGCGGACGGCCGAUGGUACCCUGCGCGCAUCACAUCUGUGGGCGGCUCGGCGGCGAAUGCGGUCUACUCGAUUGUGUUCAAGGGCUACAACACGACGGAGCAGGUCAGCGGCUCGGCGCUGCGUCCCGCGCGUCCGGAUGCGCCGUCGGCCAGCGCGAGCACCAGCGCAUCGACGUCGACGGCGGGCCUGAAGCGCGGGCAGCCGCUGCUGACGCCCGAGGAGGAGGCGGAGCGCGAGCGCAAGCGCAAGCGCAACGAGAAGAAGACGGAGCGCAGCGAGAGCAAGACGGCGGCGGCCAAGGAGAAGGCGACGAGCUGGCAGAAGUUUGCCAAGAAGGGCGCAAAGAAGGGAUACGGCAUCGCGGGCGCAGAGGGCAAGAGCAUGUUCAAGACGCCCGACGAUCCGCUGGCGCGAGUGGGUGUCGUGGGUGCGGGCAAGGGCAUGCAGAAGACAGAGGCGCGCAAGCGGCACGUCUACGACGAGGAGUAA